GAAAACCCGCAGUGCUCUCCGCAUCCUCAGCGCGACGUUUGCGGAGGGACUCGUGAAGAAGCGGUACCGUGCGCUGGUCCGGGGAAGCUUUCCACUGGGAUUUGAAGGGCGCAGUGAGGAGCCACUGUACGGAAAGAGGUCCGUCACCCGCUUCACAAGCGUGGUUGCUCCUGUCGAGACGCCUCAAGGGCCAGUCAGCACUUUGGAUCUAUGGCCGGAGUCGGGAAGACGGCACCAGCUUCGCCGACAUUUGUCAAUGCUUGGCUCUCCGAUAAUAGGUGACCGACGCUACGGUGGGCGCGACGACCGAGCCGCCAAAGAGGAGGAUCAACGGCCGGACAACAAAGAGCAUCACGAUGACGAUGCUGACGAAAUGGCGUCGAAAGAUCGUCCCUCUUCCAGAAGCAGAGCAUUGACAUAUGCCGAGGGUGCAGCUGCUUCCGGUAUUCUUCCUGCGAGCCCCAGAGAGGAGAGCCGAUCUCAAGGAUCGACGGCUUCUCGUGCCUUCCGCAGCCUCUUUCCGAGGCUUGGUCCGGGCCCCGGCAAGCCAGCACGCUCAGCGGCAAGGAAAGCCACCACGCUCCCGGGAUCGGAGGCUUUGCCUGACCUGAGCUACGGCGAAGGUGACAGUCGGCCGUUAACUGGCAUAGGCCAUUCAAGAGCAGCGGCUCAGCCUGAGGAGCGAGAGCGAGCUCUGCUCGGCGGCAUGGCGGGUGCUCGGCCGAGGCGUGAUGUUGGGUCGCCAAGUAGCAGGUCUAAGCCCAAGAAGGCCACCACCUUCAGUGGUCCAGAAGCAAUAUCUCGCCCGUGGACUUCUGGUAGUAGUUUCCGUACACCGUCGCGGACGAGCUCCAAAAAGGCCGAGACGGUCGACUUGCUGGAUACCAUGAGCUCCGACCUGCUUUCCACGGAGGAGAAAGCCUCACGGCGCUUCUCCUUUGCAGAGGAGUCCUUGCCCGACAUAGCUGUGGCCAUCCGUGAUGAGGUGGCGGAUCUGGACUGGUUGCAGGACUGCUGGAAAAAAGUCCUGGUCGGCACCCCUGCCUCGGAAUGCAAAGCGCUAACGAUGAGAUCUUUGCAUACCUGGGUGGAAGUCUACAAUCGCUGGCAGGGCUUGGGUGGUUGGAUCCCGGGCCAGGCACCCACCUUUCUGGACGCAUACCAGUUCCAGGAGACAGUGGCUGUGCCGAUGCUGAAGGCCUUGGACUGGGUGAAGCUCUUCGACCCCGUGGCCCAUGCCAAGCUUCAACAAACUCGCGCCGCCGCGGAUUAUCGGAAGGUUAAGGUUUCCAUGCCUUCCUUCUUUACUGCGGCUGUCUUUCUGUCAAACGCCAUUUCCAAGAGGCAGAAGGUUCGCUUCUUGCUGGGCGUCUUUGACAUAAAUGACAAUCGUACCUUUGAGAUGACGGAGUUCGUGGACAUGCUCUCUUCCUUUUUCCAGGGCAUAGCGUGUGCAUUCAACCUUCAAGGCAGCAUGCCAAGUAACGCACGAAGACAGCCUUUGGCCAAGCAACUUUUUCUCAGAAUACUGGAAUCGGCGAAGAGCCGCCCAGCUACGGAUGAGGUCAAGUUCAUGCUUGAAGAGGGCUCCAUUUUGUUCCCGGUUAUUGAAGAUUGGUUUCUGGGACUCACUGGGGAUCCACUCUCCAUCCCCUUCGCGUUGUUCCUUGAGCGCUUCUCAGUCCGCGGGCUGGAGGAUGAUCCAGAAGUGUUUGAAGAAGACGAGAGGAAGUUUCGCCUCUCUCAUUCUACUCCUGUGAAUCCACCAAUGGAGACUGCUGCUUCGCUUGACUCGAGCUUCCUCCGGCGAUCUCAGAUGAAGGUGGUCCGGGAUCUUUUCCACCACUGUUCAUCCUCGAAGCACUUCGCCAUCACCCACGCUGAAGCGGAGACGAUAACGGGCACGUCCAUUGAGCCAGAGUUUUGGAUCAAGAUGCUGUCGCGGCCGCUGGAAGACCUAGAGCAACUGCGACAGGAUGGCGUGAAGUUCAACAUAGGCCUCUUCUUUAAGAAGUUGUGCCCCAGAGCGACCACGCGACAUCUUCGCAUGUUUCAGACGUGGCUUAAGGAGCUGAGCCAGCUUGAAGAGCUAGAAGCCGUGGUUGAGGAGAAUCGCCAGAUGCUGGGAUCCUUUCAGUAUGCGAUCACACGACCUGUCUUGCCUGCAGCCAUCCGCCAAGAGCUCAUGAAUGACUUCGCAAAGUCAGAGAUGAGGGAGAUGGCCGCAAGGAACAUGUCGACUUCCUCGGAGGCCGAGGACGAGGUCGCCAAGAUGACCAAGGAUGAUUUUAUUUUUGGCAUCUGCCCCAAGGAAUACCGGCCGAAGGAUGGAAAUCCCCUUGUAGAAAGUGUGGUGUGCCACUUCUUGACCAUGCAGCAGGCCAAAACGGAGGAGCUGCUUGCACAGAAGAAACUGUUGUUUGCUCCCCAAGGUUGCCAAGUGCCGCUGAGGUCCUUCCUCAAACAGGAGGUUCCAGAGUCCUCAUGGGCUCAGUGGAACCAGGCUUUCGAUAUCCUCAGUGGUGGUGAGGACCAGGUUACAUUGAAGAUGCUGGCUGACUCGCGGCUGCUCCCUCCAGAGGUUUGCCGCUUCUUGUGCUCCAUGCUGGCCAGCAGCUUCAGUCAAGCAGUAGAUGGUUUCUCGAGAGAAGAGUUUUUGCACAAGCUCGUUGACAUCUCCGACUUUCGUCGUAGGAAUGCCUAA